UUUGUUUUUAACUGUCGAACGUAGGAUAAUUAUCGUUGCGGCCCAUUAAAUUAGGCGAAUUAGCACUGUGAUCUCAGUUACGUACAAUAGUUACAUCUAUAACUAGCUAGAUAGUUACGUUAGUAAAAUUGUUUACCUCUGACGUUAGCUCUAACAAUGCAACUAAAUUAACAAGAUUAUAGUAGUAGUAGUAGCAGCAGCAGCAGCAGCAGCAGCUAACUAACGUUAUAAUCGGACUCGCAAUUAUUGGGUACUAGUUUUAGAGAAUAUGGAGAAUGUCCUAUCGACAUACGAUGACGAGGAUGAAAUAGCUUUCAUCGUGUGCGAUGUAUGUAAUGUUAAGAUUAGGACUGACGCUCUUUACAGGAUACACCUGACUACGGCUCAGCAUCUCAAGAGAGAGGAGGCUCUGAUCGCUACAGGGAAAGCCAGGAGGCAGCCACCACUGCCCAAAUGGACCAGCUACACAGACUACCUGGACUACCUGCAGAUCGAUGAGCCCAUAGUUGGGCUGAAGCACCUUGUGGAGGUGGCAACCCUCCCAGGCUCCCUGGGGCCCAGGUACCUCUGCAAACCCUGCCGCUAUGAGGGAGACAUGCCGGACAUGACCAAUCACAUCAUCGGCCGCAAGCACAGGCAGAAAUACCUGGAGAUGAGGAGGCCAGACCUGGUCACCUGGGAUAAGAUCACGUCCUUUCAGCAGGGCAAGGUGGUGCGCGCCAAAGCGGAGGUAGCGGAGCGACAGGAUGGACGCGGCGCUCCGGAGAGGUUAAAGAAGAAGCCUGGAGCCACUGGGAAAAUUGGUGCCCUGAAAGUUCCUAACAUGCAGUGGAGAGGCAAGCAGCCCCUAGCCCAGGGCCCUGGGGGGGUGCACCACAGACCCCCCCAGCACAAGGACGGCCCCUCAGCGUGGGGCCCCCUGAGGGAAGAGUCCUAUGGCUGGGGCUACCCAGAACCACACCUCCCACAGUCCUUUGCUCCGGGGGAGGAGUGGAGAGCUGAGCAGCCCAGGAGGCGGAGCCUAGAGAAGGAGGGAAGGUUCUAUCCCCAUGGUCAUGCUCACAAGCUUCCUGUUGAUUCAUAUCCUCUGCAUCACUAUGGAGACCCAGAGAGAGCAGGGGAGGGGGAAAGGGGCGGCGCUUAUGCAGAUGAGGCUAGAAGGGGUGGGGCUUACGCAGAUGAGGCUAGAAGGGGCGGGGCUUACGCAGAUGAGGCUAGAAGGGGCGGAGCUUAUGGAUAUGAUGAAAGGACAGGGGAAGGGGGGAGGGGCAUGGGUUUUGAAGGGGAAAGGAGGGGCGAGGCUAUUAGCCAGGUGGAGUCAGGCAGAGGUGAGAGGCUAAGCCACAGGAAUGCUGGGAGCUCUGCGCAGGAUGUGGAAGAGGCUAAGUGGCCCCCAGCCAGCGAGGCGCCAAACGCGGUGAACAAGCUUCCGGAAACAUUCAAGCGCUUCCUGUCCGGAGCUGUGGACAAACUCAGAGUCCGGCAGUUUUCCCAGGAUGCCGAGCUGAGCAGGGAGAUGGGCUCUAAGAAGCUGAAACUGGAUCAUCUGAACCAAUCAUCUGGCCAGAAAAAUUUUGACAUUGAAAGUGUGGAAGAAGCCAACUUCAUCAAAGACAAACUAUGUAACCUGCUGAAAGAGUUUCAAGCCACCAAAUCUCAGAGGGAAAGGGCUAUGAGGAAAAGUUCAUCAGGUGUUUACAGAGAUUACAAUCACCUGAGCUCCCAACAACUAGGGCCUUCUGUUGCCCCCAGCCAUGGGACCGAUCCAUUCCUCCUUCCACCAGGUCACUACGAAGAGGACCAGAGAGAUCCACAAGAUCACUAUGAAAGGGGGCAGAGAUAUUUACAAGAUCACUACAAAGUGGACCAGAGAGAUCCACAAGAUCACUAUGAAAGGGGCCUGAGAGAUCCACAAGAUCACUAUGAAAGGGGGCAGAGAGAUUUACAAGAUCACUAUGAAAGGGGCCAGAGAGAUCCACAAGAUCGCUAUGAAAGUAGCCACAGAGAUCCACAAGAUCAUUACGAAAAGGGUCCAAGAGAUCAACAAGAUCACUAUGAAAGGGGCCAGAGAGACCCACAAGAUCGCUAUGAAAGUAGCCACAGAGAUCCACAAGAUCAUUAUGAAAAGGGUCCAAGAGAUCCACAAGAUCACUAUGAAAGGGGUCCUAGAGAUCCACAAGAUCAGUAUGAAAGGGGAAAUGGAAGGCCACAAGAUCACUUUGAAAGGGGUUCAAGAGAUUCAAAAGAUUGCUUUGAAAGGGGUCAGAGAGAUCCACAAGGUCGCUAUGAGGAAUAUGGAAGAGGCCAAGAAGAUCACUAUGAUCCUGUACCCAGGCAGUCCCGGGAGAAAUCAGAAAAGGCCCGUGUGGAUCCCAGAGUUGCCCAUCGACAUUCAUAUGAAGAUGUGUUUGACCCCCGCCGGCUGCCUGCCCCUCCACAGCAGGGCUACAGCAUCCCCGAAAACUCGGCCUCUCUGGAAAAGCUCACCUCCACCCUCCUGCAGUUGGUGGCCCACAAACGGCGCUUCUGACCUCCCCCUCCCCUGCUGGUCAUCUGAUGUAGUGCAGCCUCACUGCCCCCUGCUGGUCAUCUGAUGUAGUGCAGCCUCACUGCCCCCUGCUGGUCAUCUGAUGUAGUGCAGCCUCACUGCCCCCUGCUGGUCAUCUGAUAUAAUUCACCGAGAGCUGUUCUUGUUUGAAUUUCCAUCGGGUGUUAAAAUGUUUUGUUAUUUUUUAAUUAUUUAUUUUAGAAAUCCUCAGCAGAUUUUUCAGCAGAUGCAUUGUGGCAGUGUGUAUGUUGUUGAAUGGGCUGGUGGAUAAUUUAGCCUGCGCAGACAGCAGCAGUUUGGGUCAACAUGCCUCACUUCUUUCACAUUGUAUUCAUGCCAGUUAUUACCACUUGUGUUCAUGUUGCUGUCUGGUGAAGUUAUGAUGAAUUAAAAUGCUGUUCUUAA